CUAAAGUAGAGACACAGAAGAGGUUUCAUAAAGCCAGUUACUCCCAACAGGCCUAAAAUGCGAGCAUGUCACAGAGGAUGAGCGAGGAUGACAUACAAAGCCGGAUAUGAAGCAAGAAGUGUAUAAGAGCAGCCAGGUGAUCCAGUCCAUUUAUUAAUUUUAGUCAUUAGUCCGGGUCAUUUCAUUGAUGCGCUAGCGGGCGGUGCAGGCCAUCAGCAAGGUUUAGAUUAUAGCCUGGAACACGUUUGUCCUAAAUAUGACAUCGAAAUCCAAGAUCCCACAAUAGCGGCGGCAGAGGAGGAACCGGAUUCACGGGACGCAUGAAUUAAAGAAUCAUCCACACCUCACGUUUCCGUCCCUUAAUGUGCUCAACCGGAGGUGUGUGGAGGAGAGAGCGACUUGAGCCCGCAGCCGAUGCCCGGAGAAAACAGCAGCCUGUGUGCAGGCAGCUGUGGAAGACAAGAAGGUGGUACCAAAGUGUCGGUGUUUAUUAUCUGGGAUCUGACUCCGGAGGCGCGUCGCUGAGGCAUGGGCUGCGCUCCCAGUAUCCACGUCUCUCAGAGCGGGGUGAUCUACUGCCGAGACUCAGACGAAUCCAACUCCCCCCACCAGACCACCACCAUCUCUCAGGGCACCGCGGCCACGCUACACGGGCUGUUCAUCAAGACCGAUGCGGCCGAGACCAUCCCCUCCGUCAUCACCUACCAGAGCCGGCACUCGCGCAACAACUCGUGCCGGGAUCGCAAGGAGAACAGCGGGGGACACAUCCGCAUCGAGGCCGAGACGCAGACCAGCCACACCAGCGUCAAGGUUUCUGCUACAGAAGAAUGUGUAGGACCUAUGAGACUGACUCAAGAGCCAAUUCAGGUCCUGCUGGUGUUCGCCAAGGAGGACAGCCAAAGUGAUGCCUUCUGGUGGGCCUGCGACCGUGCUGGGUUCAGGUGUAACAUCGCACGGACGCCUGAGUCUGCCGUUGAGUGUUUCCUAGACAAGCACCAUGAGAUUAUAGUCAUUGAUGGACGCAACUCGCGCUACUUUGAGCCUGAAGCUGUCUGCCGGUUGAUCCGCGCCACAAAGCCCUCAGAAAACACAGUUAUUCUAGCCGUUGUGCCACAAAAACCGCCUGACCAGGAUGAGCCAUCUGUUCUUCCUCUCCUCUGUGCUGGAUUUAGCAGAAGGUUUGUGGAGAACAGCAGUGUGUCAGCCUGCUAUAAUGAGCUCAUACAGAUUGAACAUGGAGAGGUGCGCUGCCAGUUCAAACUCAGGGCGUGUAACUCUGUCUUCACUGCUUUGGAGCACUGUCAAGAGGCUGUGGAGAUCACAAGUGAGGACCACAUUAUACAGUAUGUGAACCCGGCGUUUGAGCGCAUGAUGGGCUACCAUAAGGGGGAGUUGAUCGGUAAAGAACUGACCGAACUCCCCAAGAGCGACAAGAACAGAGCUGACCUGCUGGACACCAUCAACACCUGUAUCAAAAAAGGAAAGGAAUGGCAGGGAAUAUACUAUGCCAGAAAGAAGUCAGGCGACAGUAUACAACAACAUGUGAAGAUAACACCUGUCAUCGGUCAAGGAGGGAAAAUUCGGCAUUUCGUAGCCAUCAAGAGACCUCACAUAGACAACAAUAAUCAAGUUCACAAGUUCAACAAGGAAGAGAGAUGCAGCGGAGAACAUUCUCAGUCAGAGUGCCAUUCUCUACGUCACCGGGACAGGAGGAAAGAUUCGAUUGAUGCCAGAUCACUCAGUUCGCGUGGCAGCGACGCUCCCAGUUUACAGAACCGAAGAUAUUCCUCCGUCGCCAGGAUUCAUUCCAUGACUAUCGAGGCUCCCAUCACCAAGGUAAUAAACAUCAUCAACGCAGCCCAGGAGAGCAGUCCGGUAACGGUGGCGGAGGCUCUUGACCGUGUGCUGGAGAUCCUGAGGACCACUGAGCUCUACUCCCCUCAGCUCGCCUCCAAAGAAGACGACCCCCACACCAACGACCUGGUUGGGGGGCUCAUGAGUGAUGGGCUGCGGAGACUCUCUGGGAAUGAGUAUGUUUUCUCGAAAAAUAUGAGCCAGAGCCAGCUGGCCAUCCCGAUCACUCUGAAUGAUGUCCCUCCGUCCAUCGCCGAGAUGCUGAAUGAUGAGGAGUGCUGGGAGUUCAACAUCCUGGAGCUGGAGGCGGCUACACACAAGAGACCGCUGACUUACCUCGGGCUGAAGAUCUUCACGAGCUUCGGAGUGUGUGAGUUCCUCAACUGUUCGGAGGCCUCGCUGCGCUCCUGGCUCCAGCUCAUUGAGGCCAGCUAUCACUCGUCCAACUCCUACCACAACUCCACACACGCUGCAGACGUGCUGCACGCUACUGCCUACUUCCUGCGCAAAGAGAGAGUCAAGAGCAGUCUGGACCAGCUGGACGAGGUGGCCGCGCUGAUAGCAGCCACAGUGCACGAUGUGGACCACCCGGGCAGGACCAACUCCUUCUUGUGUAACGCCAGCAGUGAACUGGCGAUCCUGUACAACGACACCGCAGUGCUGGAGAGCCACCACGCGGCCCUCGCCUUCCAGCUCACCGUCCGAGACAGCAAGAGCAACAUCUUCAAGAACAUCGACAGGAAUCAGUUCCGAACGCUGCGGCAGGCCAUCAUUGACAUGGUGCUGGCCACAGAGAUGACCAGACACUUUGAGCACGUCAGCAAAUUCGUCAACAGCGUCAACAAGCCGAUGGCCGCCAUAGAAGAGACCAGCACAAGUAGCAUGAACAGCGACUGUGAGGGUCAGGCCAACAUCAGGAACUCUCCAGAGAACCGUCUGCUGAUAAAGAGGAUGUUGAUCAAAUGUGCAGAUGUGGCAAACCCCUGCAGGCCGCUCGAGCUCUGCAUCGAGUGGGCCGGGCGGAUCUCUGAGGAGUACUUUGCACAGACAGAUGAGGAGAAGAGACAAGGACUGCCGGUGGUGAUGCCAGUGUUUGACAGAAACACCUGUAGUGUGCCCAAAUCUCAGAUUUCCUUCAUCGACUACUUCAUCACUGACAUGUUUGACGCCUUGGAUGCCUUCGCCAGCCUGCCUGGUCUCAUGGAACACCUGUCGGAGAAUUACAAGUACUGGAAGAGCUUGGACGAGAUGAAGUGUAAGAGCCUUCGCCCUCCCCCUCCUUCUUGACCGAACCCUCGUCCGGCCUCCUCUCAUCCGUCACUCUGAGCAGGGUAUGACAGCGAACGUGGCCCCGCGGUGGAACAAUUAAGUCUCUUCAGCUGUGAUUCGACGGAGCUCUGUGUACCCUCCCGUUUAACCCAGGACACGUUCACAACCUGAAGCUGGGCGACCGGGGGAACCCUGAGAGCAGACGUCACCGGCUGAUGAACACUGAGACGCUAUUUCCAUCUCAAAUCACAGCCUCUUUUCUUGUGUGGUUCAGUGGAGAAUAGGUUGUCAUUUGAAGCCCCCCCACCCCCCUCUCCCUCUCCCCUCCCUGUCGACUCUCUGUUGCCACUUUAUGGCUCUGUUAAGUAUUCCUUAUAGCACCUCUAUGAAACUGUGUGGACCUCAUGGCUCACCUGACAAUCUGUACCAUACAGUGUAACACACCAGAAACCUGCACUUUAGCUAAUCAAGACAUUUUUAAUUUCGAGCUCCUUCUUGCUACUUUUUGCUUUUCGCAGUUUUGUCUCUCUUGUUAAUUUUCUUUUCACAAAUAUUUCCCAUUCUGCAUCUGUCUGUUGGUGUAAAAGCAAUGUGGUGAGGAGGUUGGUGACCUAAGCUAGAUGCACUGAUUGAAAACUUGUGAAGGUGCUCAGCUGGAUUUUUUUCAUUCUUAUGAGCUAUGAUACAGUCAUACAAUACGAGAGACACUUUGACUUGUGUCAGGGACCAAAUUCUUAGCAAUCAGAGGUCCUUGCUGGUUAGCCAAGUACCAGGGUCCAGUCAGAAGGUUUUCUAAAUACAAAGUCCCACAUACAGAGGAGAGAUUGAGGAAGGACUGUGAAGAUCUUGUUGCUAUGUAAACCUACUGUUAUGCUCCUGCAAUGACGCAAAACCACCUCCGUGUCAGAACAAAUGGAGGAAAAGAAUUGCACUGUAUCAGAGCUUUCAAUACAAAAAUAUCAGAUGUUGCAUAUUCAGUUAUGUGACACUGGAAAGGACACAAACUGUAGACACUUACACCCAAAUAAGAAGCUUAACAAUAUACUUGCAGUGCUGCUGUUAAAGUAGCACGUAGCUGUACGUUCAAGGUUGAAACGGACCUCAAAGCGGGUUGACAGACGUAUGAAGGAGCAGCUGAACCAUGUUUUAGAUCCAGCUUGUAAAAAUACAGCAGCUGCAGAGUCAGGCUGUCUGCUCCAAACACUUAUCAGCUCCUGCUCUCACAUAUUUUCUCUUAAACCACUUUUACUGUAUCUCAAACCCCUCUGCCACAAUACACCUUGCUGCCAUUUGGCUCUUUCUUUAAGGGGGGGGAGAAAUCUAGUUGCACAUUAUUUUUAAAGGCCAUCGUGCUAUGAGAUUUGAGUGAUAUGUCUGCCCUCUAGUGGCUGAAAGUGGGUGUUGCAGAAGUGGUAGAUAAAUUAAAUCUUUCAGAGAGGGAUCCACAGGAAAUAAAUUAUUACCCUAAAGUGAUUGGGAGUAGAAAAGACAAUGAUUUAUCAAAAAGUGAGCAUUUCUAGACAGAAAUGGGGAAAUUUAAGAAGUGCAGCAGUGCUAGUUUAUGCGUUCCCGUCUCCUUCAGAGCACUUUUUCUUUGUAUUUUGACACAUGAAGGUGAGUGUUGAAGAGCACUGUUGCCAGCAGCAGAGAGAAUACCAAGAAAUCAAUUUAUGAAGUAAGAAUACUGGAUUUGCAGAUACCCAUCCACUGCCUGAGCUGAAUCAUCAUUACGUAUUACCAGUUCUGAAGCAGGACAUGUGUGUGUGUGUGUGAGAGAGAGAGUGUGUGUGUGUGUUAAUCCAGGAAACGCACAUUACAGUAUUAACCAAAGGCACAGAGAGCUUUUUACAGGUGCCUUAUUCUUUGGUCAUCUUUACAGAAACAAAAGUUGGUUGAAGUAUCUCCUCCUCUCCUCUAAAGACAAAAACAUAUAUAUAAGAAAAGCCAUACAUGUUUUAUUUAAAGAAACCUUUGAGAUCAAAAUAUACAGUAUAUAAAUAUAUAUAUGACUUUGGGAAUGUUGCUUUACGGUCUGUGCUACAGUUUUUGAGUUGACUUGGUGAGUCAGUGUUAACAGUUCUGGUCCUGACGUUUGAUCUUUUCUGUUUUGUACACCUAUGAAGUUUUUAAAAGGACAGAAACCGAAUCAGGUGCGGUUGGAUCAGACGUGAAACCCACAAUUACGGUUUUCACUUUAACGAGACAGAGCUGAUCACAUCCACGUUUAAUGUAUUCAUGAUGAUGUAAUCUUUUUUUUUUUUUUUUUUAAUCGACGAUCAAGGUCUUAAUCAAUGCCUUAAUCUUCUCACGUCUCACUGUUUAGGUCUGCUAUUGUUGCAAUACACUGUAAACUACCUAAUGUACCUGCUGUUACUGUAAAUACUCAGCCAAUAUAUGAUUUUUGCUUUGCAUUUUACAUCAUUUCUUUAUGUAACUUUUUGUUUUUUUGAGGUGUUAUAUGUUGCAGGGAUGAUUUCCAAAAACUCAAAAACAAACAAAAAAAAAAAAAAUUCACUUUUUUACAGCGACUUGAAACGUGGCUCCACUUCUGAAUGUUUCAUGACCGCUCUCACGGAUCAUGAGAAGAUAUUUUUGCUAACCGAUAAUGAAGAUUUCUACUCACAAAGACAAUUUAAAUAUUUCAGAUUUACAUGUCAGACGAACAUGCCUUUUCUGUGAGCGGCAAUGACUGGAAUGUGAUGAUAUCAAUUAGAUCAGAUGACAGCCUCGCUUUGAUUCUACUCGAGGCAGAACCAGAUUGUAUAACUGCUUGUUAUGUAAUGAUAAGCCUUCAUCGCUCACAGUCAUUUCUAUUUCCUCUGUUUCUUUCAUCUCUGACACUGAUGGCUGUGGCCGCGGACGACGUGCCAACUCUUUGUUGUUUUGUAUCAUUUAUAAAACAGAACAAUAAUUAGAAAGCGCUGUUAUAAACGGUACAUUAUUUUUCAAAGAAGGAAACAAAAAAAACCCAUCAUUCAUUAUUAUUAUUGGCCAUGAGAACUGUAAUGUGUGUUUUGAAGGAUUUUACUGCCUCAUGCAUAGUAGUGACAAAAGCUUUCCGUCAGAGUCACUUAAAAAUCAACCAUGUUUGUUUGAGAAGUUUAAUGUAUUUUGCUCCUCUCUGGAUUAUGAUGUCUUAUUUUGAUGUUCUCUGUCAGACACACAAAAAAAAAAUGUAUUGUGAGAGACAAUUAAAGCGUUUAAAUAUGAA